UACACCGGGUGAUUGACGCCGAGGCCCAACCAGGGAGAGGCGGGGCCAAGGCCAGGGCCUGACUAAACCUGAAGACUCUGGUGGCUAAGGGGCUUCAUCCCAGCUGAGAAGCGAAAAGCCGCAGGCGGCCGCCUACUUCACAGCCGCUCGGGGUUUUUAGAGCUUCAGCUUUAAAAAUGGGCAGGAUUUUCCUUGAUCAUAUCGGUGGUACCCGUCUGUUUUCCUGUGCAAACUGUGAUACGAUCCUGACCAACCGUUCGGAACUCAUCUCCACUCGAUUCACAGGCGCCACUGGCAGAGCAUUUCUUUUUAACAAGGUAGUUAACCUACAGUAUAGUGAAGUUCAAGAUCGAGUCAUGCUCACUGGCCGCCACAUGGUUCGAGACGUGAGCUGCAAAAACUGCAAUAGCAAACUGGGAUGGAUCUAUGAGUUUGCCACUGAAGACAGCCAGCGUUAUAAGGAAGGUCGUGUGAUCCUGGAACGCGCUCUAGUUCGAGAAAGUGAGGGCUUUGAGGAGCAUGUACCAUCUGAUAACUCUUGAAGAAAAAGAGAGAAAUCCAUCUUUUCCCAGGUCUCCUUCACUGAAAACAAAAAUCUACUUACAUACACUGUCACCUUAGCAUCAGAGUCGGAUUCAUGAACUGCGGAACAAGAGGUUGUGAGAAUCUAUGAUGGAACCUUCCUUUCUUUCCUUUUUUUUUUUAAAUUUUCUAUUUUCCAUCCAACAGCAGUGUGUAGAGAGAAUAUUAUGCAGAUGCCUUUUUUUUCCCCCCUGUGUUUACAUCUUGAGGCAGAAUAGUCUAUCUGCAGCUACAUGGUGGGCUAUGUGAGGAAAAAAAUCUGGGCUAUUAAGAGUGAAAAAGUAUUUUAUGUAAAUUUUGAAAGGAAAAUGUGUCAAGAGCAUGGUUUUUAAAUUUAUUUGGGCUUCAUUUUAAGACUUUUUUUAAAAACCCAGUUAUUUCACUUGAUUUGCUAGCUUCAGAGAAGAGAUCCGAAUUUGUGACCAGCGCUAAAGGUUCAGUGUUAGUAUUGCUUGUGCUGGCCAUUGUGCCAUAUUCUUGUUGGAGAUGAACCGUAGCAUCAGAGCCCAUUCUUCCUUGUCAGUCUUGACCCAAAGAUGUCACCAUUCCUAGUUGUUUGUCACCACAUAAUUGGUGUUGAUUGGAAACUUUUCCUGAUAUGGGGCAGAACUGCUUGGUUGUCUUUUCCAUGUAACUUAAGCAUAGUAAUAUAAAUAAAGUAAUAGUUGGA